GAGGGGCGCUUUGGGCAGAGGUGAUCGCCUCCACAGGGAUUGAGGGGCGCUUUGGGCAGAGUUUAUUUUAGCAGAGUUUAUUUUAUCUCCUCCACCGGGGAGGGCGGGGAGCACUCUCGUCAGAGUUCGGCCGCCAUUACACUACACGUUGGAGGAGCACGGUGGGCGAGCGGCCAGCACAGGGACACGGGGCCGCCGAGGCCUCCGUGUGAAGCCCGGGCUGGGCCGAUCUCGGAGCCGCAUUCCCAGGGCGGGCUCCGUGGGCAGGAGCCAACACCGAAGGAAAAUCCAGGAAGGUCUGUGCGGAUACCACGGUUGGAAGGAGGGUGUGUGUCCUGAAACGAGCUUAUUCGAGUGAUUUGAUAAACUACAUUUUUCUGGUAGAUAAAGAAUAAUACACAAGAAAAAAUGUCAGUUCAUACAGAUCUGGACAUAAUGAUGCGGCGCAUUGAGCAGAAUCCAAAGGACAUUAGUGUUGUAAAGCAGUCUUUGUUGUCAAUCAUUUCAAUUUGUGAUGGAGACACCAAUGCAGGGAUUCGUUUUCACUAUAUCGGUGGUUUGUUGACUCUCCGCAAUCUUACCAGAUCAGAUGUGCCCAACAGGAUAAAAGAAGCCAUCCUGUACACCCUAGGAUCUCUAGCCGACGUUAAUUCUUUUUGUCAUCAAUGUCUCUGUAGUCAUCAAUAUUUUAAGGAGAUGAUGACUUUCAUAGUGGGUAAGAAGUCCAGUGUGGAUUUGAAAAUGAUUUCUGUCUGCUGUCUAUUGGCCCUGGUUUCUAAGAACGGGGCUGGACAAAGAGUCUUGAGAGAAUCAGGCUGUUUUCCUGUUCUGAAGGGGUUAUUCAGUGCAACUAUUGUGAUUUCUGAGAUUGAUUUCUCGGAUGAAACCUUUAAGAAGAAGUAUCACCUGUGGUAUGCAGUGUGCAAUACCUUGUGUGCCUCUCUCACUAGUCCUCAAAAUAAGGAAAAUCAGGAAGUUUGCUCCUCCAUUUUGCCAGAUGCCUUGGCCAUGAUAGAAACAUGUAUGACCCCUGAGAUACUUUGCCCUCUUUGCCGAUUUAUUGGAGUCAUGGUGUCAGGAAACAUAUCAAUUCAGAAAGUCUUGAUAUCUUGUGGUGGAUUGGAUGUUUUGGCUAAGAGAUUUACCAAGAUGGCUGGAGUUUCACAUCUGAGUAUUGGUAAUGCUAAGAUGGCAAUAGCGCUGACAAAUGCCAUCAGUGUCUCCAUCGUUGAUAACGCUCCUGGAAGUUUUAUUCUAGCGAAGCAUCAAGUUGUGCCCAAACUUCUGACUUUGCUGCUUCUGGAUAGUCUGAAUUCUGAGGAAAAAUCUAGCGUUCUGGUUACCCUUGGGCGUUGCAUAGAGUCAUGUGGGGAAAAUCUAAGUCUCCUGCUCCAGAACAAUGGCCUUAAACAGAUUGUAAGCUGCUUCUCUGAAGCCCAGUAUGAGGAUGUAACCAGCAUUAUUCUUAUCGUCAUGCUCAACAGUAAGAUUUUUGCUGAUAAAUUACUCAGUAAAUUUCUUGCAUAUAUUUCACAAAGGAUUUCUGAACUAAGAAAUCCAGGAAAUGUUGGUGGCCACUCGAGGGAAACAAAAGAUACCUUGCCUAAAGAACAACGUAAAAAAAAAGGAAAUAAGGAUCAAGGCUCUAAAAUAAAAGGCAUCAUUGGAAAGCCCGUGGUGACAAGCAUCUACCGAGAACAGAAACGUCCAAAGCAACAUUCUGAGAAACGUGUAGAUCAAGUUUCAGCUCCAGCCACUGAAAUUGGAGCACAGAAACCACCAAAGAAAGCCGAUCUGCCAAGCAACACAGCAGAAGGAAAAGAUAAAAAACGUCAGGGUGUUAAAAGAAAGGCCCUUUCCACGGGCAACGUGAAUCAGGAGCGAACAACUGAAAAAUCCACCAAGAAGGUGCAGAAGAAAAAGUAGCCAACAGCUGAACUAGAGUAAAGAAACCGGGAAACCACUGGAAUUCAAUUUGGUGGUCUUACCCGGGAACGAAGACUUCAAUGGAUUUGUCCCAUUAAAACUACAAGUUAGAAAAAUUAAGUGAUAUGUAAUUUCUGAAAGAGUUUUUUUGGUAGAGAUUUUUAGAAAGUGUAACUGUUCUUUGUUUUAAGCAAGCGCUGUCCUGCCGAUCCCGAUUAGUUUCACGGCAUGAUAUUCAGAUGGGGGCCCAGUCACACUGUUCCCUAAAGGGGUUUUUGGUAGCAUGAGUUCUGGAGACCUUUGCUUAGCUUCUUCAAGAAGCCUGUCGAAAAGGAAGAAACACCCUAGUGUGUGCUCCUUUUAAAGGUGUCUUUGAGAAUUUGCCUUUUGGUUUUCCCAAAGAGAAACAACUAAGAAGGGCAAAAUCCAGUAAUUGUUUUAAUAGCAUUUUUUGAUGUAGUAGUCGAAUUUGAUGGUUAAGUAGGAUUCUUAGUGAAUGUAGUAAUUUGUUGAAUGUUAAAAGUGUCCUUUUGCCUAAGUCAUUUAAGAACCAAACUUCCUACCAAGGAAUGAGUUAUAUUCUAGGGGAAAAUGUAGCCCAUGGUUCGGACAGAUUUGCUUAGUCUCUAGCCUGAUGUAUGACAUAGAAAUGGAAAACACUUUUGACCAACUGAGUUUUUUUAGGUAAAUUAAAUGAGAUGCUACCAUUAAAUAAAAAUGUUUUUUGUUCUGAAA